AUGGAGGUCGAGAACGCGGGGGCGGGGCCGUCGCGGGGCGCGCAGUCCCAAGUGGGGCUCGAGUACCGCCUGCAUCCGCUGGUGCUGAUCAACAUCAGCGACCACCACAACCGGUACCGCGUGCAAGGCGAGCGGCCCGUCGGGGACGUCGUGGGGUGCCUCCUCGGCACGCAGGAGGGCCGGGUGCUCGAGAUCAGCAACUCCUUCGAGGCCGCGUGCUCCGGCGGCAGCGCGGGCGCCCCGGAGCUCGACGAAGGCUUCCUCGUCAUGCGACAGGAGCAGUACAAGAAGGUCUACCCGGACCUCGAGCUCGUCGGCUACUACUCCCUCGGCACCAAGCCCACGGACGGCCACCACCGCGUCCACGCCGUCCUCGCCGGCCUCACGGACAACCCUGUCCUGCUCCUGCUCGACACCAACGUCGAAGCGGGAGCGCAAGCAGUGCCCGCGCGGUUGUUCGAGCCGCUGCUGCACAUCGGCGAGGGCGGCGCGCGCGUGGAGCUGUCGGAGACGCAGUUCACGCUGCACGCGGAGGAGGCGGAGCGGAUCGCGGUCGAGCAGGCCGCGCGGCUGCUGCCCGCCGCGGGGGAGCACCCGAGCCUGCAGGUCGCGUCGCACGCGCAGCAGCUGCAGCCCGCGGUCGCGAUGAUGCGCACGCAGGUCGAGAAGAUCCUGCAGUACCUCAAGGACGCCCGCGACGGGCGCGCCCCGGUCGACCACGCCGUGUUGCGGGAGGUCAAUGCGCUGCUCUCGCGCCCGCCGCCGGGGGACGUGCCCGGGUUCGCCGAGGCCGACAAGCAGGACCGCGUCGACGUGCUGAUGACGGAGCUCCUCGCGGGGCUCGCCGAGCAGGCGGGGGGCAUCAACAGCCUGUCUGACAAGAUCUCUCUGGCGUAUGACAGGGUCGGGCGGGGCCGCGGAGGCAUGCUGUGA